UCAGAAGCAACAAUAUUAACAUAAUAAUACAUUUAAGGACGGGUCUGUUUUACCUGCUGCGGGGAGAUGGUCGGCGGCCGGCGGAAUGGCGGAGGAGGCAGGGCGGCGGCGACUGUUGCACGGGCAGCGGCGGGCGGAGGCGAGGCGGCUGGGCGGCGCUGGGCUGGCGGAGGCGAGGCGGCUGGGCGGCGCUGGGCUGGCGGAGGCAGGCGGCUGGGCGGCGCUGGGCGGGCGGAGGCAGGGCGGCCGGCUGUGGCGAGGCGCCGCUGGCCGGAGGUGGGGGGUCGCGCGACCUGCGCCUGCGAGAAGAAAGGUUGGGGCGGAAGAGUUUGGUUGGGGACUGCGAGAAGAAGAUGGAAAAUGGGGGCGGCUGAAGUAGGGUUUUGGGGGUGAUGGGUUAAAAAAAAAAAAAAAAAAUUUGCUUCUGUGGGGAUUCGAAAAGUGGUCUGUUUUAAUGAAAUCAAGACCACAACCAGUAGGAAAUCCGUGUGCAACAUGUUUAAGAAUCAGAUCCAAAGCUAUAAAUUGUUGUUUCUCAU